AUGAAGCCGAUACUUGAUAAGAGAGAUUAUAUGGGUAGCCAUGAGAGCUUUGAAAUGAAAGUCGUUUUGAAAGGAGAGUUCUGCGUGGUAGGUGCUCUGGCACAUCGUGAGGCUGGGUGCAUGGAAGUAGAGCGAGUCGUAAUAUUGUUGAGACUAAAAAAACGGUCCCUGGUUCUUGGUCAACCUCUUAUGCACCAUACUUGUUCUUCCUCCCUAGAACGGUCCCUGGUUCUUGGUCCUCCUAUGCACCUUUGUUCAUCCUUCUUCCACCCUUCUUCGGCUCUCUCCAGAACCCUUCCUUGGUUCUUCACCCCAUAUAAUCCCUUCUUGCUCAACCUCUCAUGCACCCUUCUUGUUCACACCUUAACGGUCACCCUUGUUCCUCCUUUCCAGAACACAAAGUCCCCUCUUCCAGAACGGUCCCUGGUUCUGGUGGACACGGCCGGGUGCGACUGCCAGGAGCUGGACACGGCGGAGGAACAGAGCAAAGGGAACGAGGGCGAGGCUAUCAUCGUCAGCCACUACGUCAGGGCGUUGCUGGAGGCCGGGCUCCCCGAAGAAGACGUGGCGGUCAUCACGCCCUAUAAUCUUCAGGUGGAGCUGGUGCGGGGGCUGCUCCGGGAGGACCACCCCAGGGUAGAGGUGCGCUCAGUGGACGGCUUCCAGGGGCGCGAGAAGGAGGCUGUGGUCAUGUCCCUCGUGCGAUCCAACAAGCAGGGUACUGUGGGCUUCCUGAGUGAGAAUCGCCGCCUCAAUGUAGCAGUGACUCGCGCGAGACGACACUUGGCUGUCGUCUGCGACUCGGAGACGGUAGGCACGGAUCCUUUCCUCAAGGGAUUCUUGGAUUACAUGGUGAAGCACGCCCUCGUCAGGACAGCCUUCGAAUUCCAACAUGAAAUGGAAACGACGGAAGUUGCAACACCAGAAUGCAUAUCCAUGAGACCAAAAGACGAGAAGAAAGACAAAAAAUCGGAUUCGAAGAACAAAAAGCCCAACAACAGAAAGGACGGGAAAGAAGGCCCCAAGAGGAAGAAGGGCGACUCGAAGCCCAAAUACAAACCCCCGACGGAGGAGGAGAACCAGGAGAGACGCCAGAAGUUGGAGGCGAUCAUCAAGGACUUCGUCAGUUCAGCGAGCAACGUCUACCAGUUCCCGCCGGGUCUGAAUUCCUUCGAGAGACGUCUGGUUCACGAGAUCUGCGACGCGGAGGGCCUCUUCCACCAGAGUCAGGGGGAGGGAAGUGAACGGUAUCUUGUCGUUCAGAAGGAGAAGACGGGAGAGGGCGCUGAGGCGAGGAAUAAGGACAAGGAGGAGGAAGAAAAGGAGAAGAAGGAUGAGGAAAAGGAGGAGAAUGAUAAAGAGAAGGAGGUUUUACCAGUACAGGUGGAGGAAGGAGAGGAAGAGGAUGAACGUAUAGAAGAUGAGGAUGAAGAGGAAGGACAGGGAGAAGACAAGAAGAGGGAAGAAGAAAAUGAAGUUAGCGAAUUCGCAGAAGAGAGAGAAGAGAAAGAAAGCCCCACAGCUGAUGGAGGUGCCAUCCCAAAGCUGAAGAACCUGAACCUCACUGACUCCAAACCACGCAUAGCAUUCAUCAACGGGAUGUAUCAGGAAGUCAGCAGGGAACACAAUAACACAAAGGCUGAUAAAACGGGGGAUAAAAUGGGCAAAGAGAAUGAGACGUCAGCGGCACGGUGUCAGAGCUGCGGCAAAGACAUCUUGCAACAGAACUUCAGUGUUCAUAGUGCACAGUGUGAGAGGAAGAUGAGGGCAAAGAAGGAGGAGAUGGAAAGAAGAAAGGCAAACCAGAAAAAGAAGAAGGAUGAGAGGAGGGAUAACAAGCCAGGAAAGGAUAAGAAAGGUGAAGAAGAGGAAGAAGAUUUUGACAGUCUGAUUGCUCGCUUCACAAAGGAGGACAACACAUGCUCGCAGCCCAAGUGCAAGACCCCAACGACCGUCAUCUUCCAGCAGUGUCCCUUCUGCAGGAAGACCUUCUGUCUGACGCACCACAUGGCCGAGGUUCAUGGCUGUGGGGACGAGGCCAGACGACAUGCUAGGGCGAUGGUGAUACGAGAAGGAGUGAUAUACCCGGGCAGUGGCAUUCCGUCAAAGAAGCCCAAAGACGCCAAACGCAAGCAGCUGCAGAGGAACCUGGACAAGAAGUUGGGUGAUCUAACAAGCCAGAGACAGAGCAAGAAGCCCGGCAAAGAUAAGGACAAAGGCAAAGGCACAAAGUGAUGAAAGUCGGAAAUGAAGCGUCGGGUUGCCAAAUGUCGUCUUUCAUGGGCGUCCUAGCGUGUUGUUAGUGUUAGAAAUGAGGCCUCGGGUUUUUAAAAUGUGUCUUUCACGAGCAUCUUAGGCUGUUGGAUGAAUAAACUGGUGCGGGAAGAGGUUCAAUGUGGUUACACCGAAUGUGUCACUUCCUGGAGAUAUUUCGGGAAGUACUCGUGCUUAUUGUUAACAGUUAGGGUGAGAAACAUUACUUUCUGCUCGCGUGUAUUUUAAAAGUGAUGUUUGUAUAUAGUGAUGCAAUUUUUUUUAUUGUUUGAAUAUAAAUACAUUGUUAUUGCAUAUAUAACUACAGAUAUUGCAUAUAUGUGUCUUAACUAAUCCGGUUUCUACAGACUAAUUCUCAGUUUUAUGUUGAUCUUCCAUGAUUACCAAAUGAAGAAAAGCUAUUUAUUUGUAGUGUUAUUUGACGGUUAUUUAUUAUCUAUUUAUAUUUGAACUAAAAUUAAUUAGGAUAUCAUAAAAAUCUCAGGUUUUAUAUUUAAAUUUAACUACUUAAAACAACUCUUCAUACAGACGUUGCAUUUUUUUUUAUCAGACAAUAAAAUUAUUCUCCCUUUGAUAAUAUCUCGAAAAGACAAGUAUACUUACCUUUCUUGAAGUAAAGAGGGAUAUAUAUAUUUUUUUCUUUCUUCAAAAAUAUAUAUUUAAAACUAUCUCAGGAUCCCAGAUAAUCCUUGAUUCUUUAUCCAAUGUUGAAAGCGCACUUCAUUUUUUGUUGUCAUAUUUUUUGCCAAUAAAAAUUCUAUAAUAUCUUAAA